UGAAGAAGGAAGUAUGUCAUUUAUUUCAUCGUCCGAUCAUAACAGGUGUACUUAGAACCAAGUGUUCCACGGCUUCCCACCAUCGGCAGGCUACCAGACCAUGUCUUGUCGUGUCAUCCAUUUACUUCUGAUUUGCGGUUUACUUUUAGACUCGUCAGACAGUGCCAUUGUUACAGCAGACAAUUUCACGGCAGCUGUCAAUUGUUCCGACCUUGAUCUUAGGUGUAAAUUUACGUCAGAUAAUACGGAGACGGAAUUAUAUCUUACAUGGACGGAUCCCUCUGGUCAUCAGAUUUACAGGAUGGAUUUUCAGUCAAAUAAUUACACUUUUGGAGAAGGCUUUGAAUUUGCCAUUUCGAAGAACAAUGAAUUCACGACAGGGGACAUAACCUUUCCGAAAGCCAACGUGACCAAAGAAAUGGCUGGACCAUAUGUCUGUACAUUUGUAACAAACGCAACCUCUGUAUCAGCCACUGCAAGUAUUGAUGUCCAGUAUAGACCAUCAACUAUUUAUUUUAGUGUGCGCCCACCUUUGGACACCAUCGAGAAUGCGGACUUGGUCCUGACUUGUCAUACCACUGUGUCUAAUCCGGGAGCGCCUAUUGUAUUCAGUUGGUCCGGACCAGGGACUAUCACCGGGACCAGUCAGGUGUUAACAGUGAGUCGAGUGAAGCGAACGGCAACCGGCCCCUACAGGUGUACAGGGAAGACCACGCUGAUACCGACUCGUGGUAUUAACUGCAUUUUUAGCCAGUCUACACAUGCGUCAAUUACAGUCUUUUACCACGAUAGUCCAACUGUAAGCGUUAGUGAAGUGAACCCCAAGGAGAAUAGCGCCUUCGUUAUUACCUGCCAAACAAAGAGUCUCCCCGCGGCCUCUUUGUCUGCGACACGUAACAACCAUUCCAUCCAAAACGGAGUUCGAGAUAAUACUACAAACAUGGCUAUUUACAAAGUCCAAAAAGUUAGCUGUGGUCACUCCGGAAUUUACAAGUGUACGUCCUUCAACGCUAAAACAAAGACUACACUCACACGGCAGAAAACGGUUAACGUUUUAUGUAAACCCCGAAUGCAUAGAACAAGUUCGAGAACACGCACACUGAAAAUAAACCAAGUUGCGAGAUUUGAGGUUACCGUCGUGGCCUAUCCAUCUCCAAAUUUCAGCUGGUUUCAACUGGACUCAAAUGGCAAUCAUCAGCGAUUACAACCCAACGCUGCAGUCUCGUCUUCAAGUUUGAGUUCGGUGUUGACGAUCAACAUCACAUCCCCAGAGGACUACGCCAUCUACACCGUUGUCUCGAAUAACUCUCAAGGACAAGCAGAUAUUGCAAACUUUACUUUGAAGUCUGAUGUGAAACCGUUUAGAAUUGAAAAGUUAUCGAUUGUAAACACUUCUGUGGAUAGCGUCUUCGUACAGUGGUUAUCUCCCUUUGAUGGCGGCACCACACAAACAUUCUCUCUCCAGUUUGCAUCAGAACGAGAUUACAGCCGCAGCAUUUGGUCCACUAGGCACGAAAAUCUGAGCGACCCAGGACGAUACCAAAAUGUCACUGGUGGUAUUCUCGACCUAUAUCCAGGGCGCACCUACUUCAUGCGAAUAGUGUCCACUAAUUCACGGGGUUUCGUAACAUCCAGUGUUGUUAAUGUCACCACUGUAGGACUGCCAGGCGACCAAAAUGGAUCAACUGGUGCUGGGAUUGGAAUCGGGAUUGGAAUAUGUAUAUUCAUCGCCCUGAUAGCGCUUCUUGCAUGGUUCAUCUACCGCCACAGAAUCAAACCAAUCAGAGGCAAGGCUGAAACGCCUGAUGUUCGUUAUGCUAACGCAGCGGUACACGCUACAACAGAAGAGACCACACGGCCUAGUGGGUCUGGAAAACGUGAAGACGAUGGAAACGAAACGAAUCCUCCAGACACCAGUAACGCCACGAACACGGAAGAUGUAAAUUACGAGUCUCUUUCUGUAAAUCGUUCUGGAUUUAAACCAUAUGACAGGAUAGCGCUGAAGCCGAACCCAGAACUUGGUAAAGUAUACAAGAGUAAUACAAACAGAGACAAGACUGCAUCUCACUACGAGAACUUGCAACCAAAGACGCAAGAUGGUAAAACUACAGACACUGCAGAAACACAGAAAAAAAAGAAGAAAGUUCGCCGAAAAAAGGAAUCUGAAUAUGCAAACUUUAAAAGUAAACAGCCUACAGAAUCUAACUACAUGAAUGUGCAUCCAAAAGGCAAAGCAUGAAGUAGAAACCAUACAGACGCCUCGAAUGACUGAUCAUAGCUGUCGUAGAGAAUCCUGACAUACUGCAUGAAGCCGACAAGAAGUGGAGUCUUUUGAAAUGUCGUUUACGAAGUGUUCAGUGUUGAAGAACAGAGCCGUGGCUAGCGGCUACCAAUUUCAAAACUCUUAAAGGGACAUACCCUAGUUUCAGCCCAUGAAAAUGCACACUAAGUUUAUUUAAUCUACAAACCU